UUUAUAUAUAUCUGUGUGUGUCAUAAUGACUUCUCACUCAAGAUCUGAUCUCUGCGGCUAGGUCUCCGCCGACCGCCAUGGCGGUCCGGCGACCAUCAUCCAACAAUGUCCAGCCCCCUUCCACAACGCACUUUCAGCGAAAUUGCAGAAGCAGGAGACUACAAACCAGCGUGCAAAUUUAAAGGCCAACCAGCCAUCUCCUUCACAGACGCGGAUGUGAGUGCGCUCUCAGCCAGAUUCUCUCGAACAAUUGUUGGGCGCUUCAUCAAAGGGAGACCAAGCCUUAUCUCAACCAGAAAGGCUUUUGAACGGAUUGCCUUUGAAAGCAAUUUCUCUGUAAGUCUAUUGGAUGAUUGCCAUAUUUUGAUCAAUUUCGAAUCUGAAAAGGAUUUCCUGAGAUGCUUGUUGCGAAAAUACUGGAAGAUAAAUGGGUUCACUUUGAAAGUUUUCCGAUGGACUCAUGAUUUCGACCCUAACGCCGAUUCCCCACUAAUCCCAGUUUGGGUAGGCCUUGAAGGCUUGCCUAUUCAUCUAUUUGAUUCUCUUGCUUUAUAUUCAAUUGGGAAUUUGCUUGGUAAACCUCUAAAAACUGAUUCAGCAACUGCAACUCUUUCGAGGCCCUCUAUUGCCCGAAUCUGUGUUGAGAUAGAUACCAGCAAAGAACUGCCUCGCUGUGUUUGGAUUCACCUGAGAGAACUCACUUUCCUACAACCAGUAACCUAUGAAGAUCUUCCAGACUAUUGCCCCUCUUGCAAAUGUUUUGGCCACAAAAACUGUAAGAGAAAGAAUGAGACCUCUAGAUGGGUUAAAAAUGAAAGGAGUACUAGAACUGGGAAUACAACAAUUGCUGUAGCUGUUUCCAAGCCUGGAGUGACCCAAACAACAAAAGAGGUUGUUUUGCAAACCAACCAGGGAGGCGCACGUGAUGAGGAUGCAACCGGGUCUGCUUCCGCUGCUGAAGAAACAGACUCAAAGUCUAAUGGGGCUGCUCCUCCAAGAGUUGAGGCCAUGGCAACUAAUUUAGCCCUAGCUAAUGUGAAGGACUCUAUAGCUCUUGAGCCGCCUUCAAUUUCUGCUGCUUUUGAAAUAACCCCCCCUGACAGCUUCCCAGAAACCAGCCUAAGGUCUGAUUCAGACCCUAUUGUUUGUGAAGACACAGAUUUUAAUGAGAAAGAUUCUGAUGCAAUUCUUUCUAAGAGUUGUACUGCAGCCUAUCACAACGCUAAGAUAGCUUCUGAUGUUUGUGAAGUAAUUCCUACUAUCAAUUGUCCAGCAGCUUGUGGUAAUAGUGAGGUAAUAUUGGUGUCUCCUACCAAUGUCCAAGAUGAUACCCUUAUACUGGAACCCAAAUCUCCUUUACUUUAUAAUAAUGAACUCAGUCGCGGUGCACACAAUCUGUCUUCUGAGGCAGCAUUGGAAGGCACACAGACUGUUGACACUGAUAUUAAUGAAGAGUACAAUCCUGGUCCUUCUCAAAUCAACCUAAUUGAAUUUCCAGUCCUCACAAAAGAACUGUUGGAAGCUACUAGUGGUGCACACACUCUUUCACAUGAGAAAGAGAUGGAAGGCACACUAAGUCUUUCAUCUGCAGGAAAUGAUGAGAUACCUUCUGAUCCUUUGGAAAAAAAACUCUCCUCCUCUGUUGACUAACGAUGCAGGUAUCAACCCAUCAACAAUAGGACCGGUCCUUCAGUCCUUUGAGAUCGACGGACAACAAUAUGAAAUUAGGUCCUACAUUGAAGAAGGGGAGACAUCACAUCAAAGGGAGGAAACCAAUGACUUUCAAGAUGUCCAAAAUAGACGUACCAAAAAAGCAGGCAAGAGGCCAAAUGCACCAAGAACAAUCAAAACUAGAAGCUACGACCCAAACCUCGAAGUCGGGACGGUUAGUGAGAUCACCAGAUACUGGCCUAGCCGAAAAUCAACAACUUUGGAAAAAAUUAUCACUACCGAAAGUUACUCCAGGCCCUUUUGGUAUGUCGGUCCCGUCGGUCCUAUUGGAACUGAUGGGAAGAGACCAAAGAAAGUAAUGCCUAGAAACCUUUCCCUUGAUCAGCAUCCCGGCUUUAUAAUCUGGGAGUGAUCACUUUUUCACUCAUGUUUCUUUCCCUUUCAGUUUUCCUUUAUUUCAUGCAGUUUCAGAGGGGCUUUCGUCUAGUCCUCCCCUCCGUGUACUUUUUUCCUUCUCUUUUUCCUUUUUUCUUAAUAAAAAAUUAUCCUUUCUAUAUAUAUAUAUAUAUAUAUAUAUAUAUAUAUAUAUGUUCUGGUGAGAAUGCGAUCUUAAUAAGACAAUUUAUUUUUUUACUUUAUGUGAGGAGGAUGAUAUUGUUCCUGCAUUGAUUUAAAAACUCAUAGUUUCAUUCAGUAAUAACGCCUAUUGGUAAUGGCUUUCAAUAAUGAUAACUGUUUUUAAAAUUAUUCAGAUGAAAACACUCAUAGUUUCAUUCAGUAAUAACGCCUAUUGGUAAUGGCUUUCAAUAAUGAUAACUGUUUUUAAAAUUAUUCAGAUGAAUGAAUGUUUAAUUUUACAUAUAUCUUGACACUUUUUAAUAACAAACAAAAGAUGGCCAAUGCGUCUCACAGGCAGAAAAAUGUGUUGAAAAGAGAAUGCACAAGGAGAAGCUAGAGACAAAAACUUUUCCAGUAUCAUGGCAAGGUACACAUUUUUUCUUACAAAUAAAUCAUUUUGAAGGGUGUAUUUGUUAUACCUGGCAUGUUUCUGUUUUUGAUGAACUUUUAGAGUAAUGUGGAGUAUGUGUUAUAAACACCUAAUAAAAAGAGUAGCAAUAGCUGGGUGAGGUUUAUGAAUGUGACCAAAUGGCGAAAUCAGUAGAAACAAACAACUACUUCAUAAUGACAUACAUUCAUAUAACCUUCCCCCAACCUAAUUGAGUUCAAGAAUCAUUAGCUGUGACCCAUAACCCUAUUAUAGUAAUUGUGCACAUAACAUUUCUUGGACUAGACUUUAAUUGGCUACAUCUUAUCUCGAUGCAAGGAUUGAGAUGGCUACAAGCCACUUUGAUAUGAAAAGUUGUUUCCCUUGGCUUUGUAUCAAAAUCUUUAAAUUCUGCAUGGAUAUUAUCUCAAUUCAAGGAGUAGCAUUGGAUACAUAGUGUGCAUAAGCAUUUCUAAUUUCUUUGAUACAACUAGAGCUUCAGCUUCCCAGCGAGUUACCUCUGGGGCAUAAGCGUUGCUAAUUUCCUUGACCUUGGAAAAUAAGGCAGGGAGUAUCUCUAUUGUGAAACAAAGAGAAUGGAGCAAAAUUGAUUUUACUUGGUGGUGGCUAGGUCAGUAUUCCAAGCCAAAACCCCACCUCCUUCACCGUUACAUCUAAAAAUAUCUCCAGUAUGGCGGUGUGAAUCUUCAACGAGGGCUGUUAUUUAGACUAAUAGAGCAACUGUUACUUCCGUCCGGCGUGUGGGCUAGAAAGGAACUACUUCUCAAGUCUUGACUGCACAUCACUUGAAAAGGUGAAUGAUGCUGUUAAGCACUAUUGUAGCUGAAAAAUGGAGCAACCAGCUAACCUAUUAGUUGGUGCUGUUUUAUAUGUUUACUCCUGGAUAGCUUCAACUUGCUAGAGUUGAGUGCCGAGAAGUUUGAACCAGAUUGAGGAUGGAUGCCUAUGGAUGGAAAUCUUUUUUAUGGCUAUUCUACACAGCUAGCGCAUCCAGUUUACCAACACUAUUUUUUGCAUCCUAAUUAUAUUUUGAUAACGGAUAUAUUUAACCAUUUUUGGUUUAUAUUGUAUUUAUGAACAGUUUUUAAACUUGCUCAUGUACUCGAUCGAGUGAUAUUCCAAACACCUUGCAUGUUCUAUUAUGCGUAAUCCAUUAUUUUAUACACUUUUAUCUCAUCUUUCAAUAUAGAGUACAAAAAAAAAAUCUUCAAAUAAAAGAAUUUACGGGUA